AUUUCAAAAUCAGAUCUACUCAGUGCAAUCCUUGCAUAAGUACUGAUGCACUUGUACGUGCAAUUUCAUAAUGUUUGAUUUCGCCGCCGAACGGCGCUACUGAUGUGCUCAACGGGCGCUUUAAAUUUCACAACGCUCUUUGUAAACACGCGUCCUUUUCCGUUGGCGGCUUGCGUGUCUUUAAACUAUUUUUGAUCGUUUGCUUUGCGACGUGUUAUUUGUUUCUUUAAUUCUCGAGUUGACUCGAAUCCUUCAAGAAACAAAUUAUUCUUGUAGAGUGUUUUACGAACCUGAUAUUUCAUUUGAACGAAAUGGAGCGUUAACUUGAUAGUAGGCUGGUAAUGGGCCUAAUGUUGAAUUCGGUUCAUGCAUCGACUAAUGCAUAAUCGUGUUAGAUUGUUCUGUGACAAUAGUAACCAGUUGUUCAUAUGCAAUACGAUAAAAUUACGUUCGAAUGUGAUGUCAGCGUAACUAUAAUUGUGCGCGUACAAAAAUGUGAUUAUCUAUCUCCUGUAUUUAAUUGUCAAUAUUUAAAUGUCUUGGAGUACAUGCUUUCUAAAAUUUAUUUAUUGGGCAUGAAUGGACAGGUGCAACCUUCCAGGGAGAGGUUAGGAGGUUUUAGUAACAGUACAAUAGGUCUUUUUUCUGGAAUGAUUACUACAGAUCGUGUUCCAAACAUACAGCUAACUGGUACAAAUAAUGGAUUAUCUAUGGAUGAUUCCAAUGUUGCCACAGAAGUUGAUAGCAAAGUCAAAACGAAAUUAUUAUCUAUGUGGAAUAAUGUUAAAUAUGGUUGGACUAUUAAGGUAGUAAAACCAAAUUUCUCAAAAGAAUCUCCUGUAUGUUUGCUUGGUAAAAUUUAUCGUAAGAAGCCAGAAGAAUUUUUAGAAAAAGCUUCUGAAGCAGAUAAAACUUUAGACACUGGAAGUGAGAUAUCUUUAGCAAUGGAUGCUAUUAGUUUUGAAGAUGGUAUAGAAGAAUUUAAAAAAGAUUUUACAUCGCGACUUUGGUUAACAUAUAGAAGAGAAUUUCCUAUAUUAAAUGGUUCUACAUUCACUACUGAUUGUGGUUGGGGAUGUAUGUUACGUAGUGGCCAAAUGAUGUUGGCACAGGCAUUAGUCUGUCAUUUUCUUGGAAGAGAAUGGAGAUGGCAACCAGAUCAACCAAUAAAAACAGAACAACAAAAAUUAGAUGAAUAUAACCAUAGAUUAAUAAUUAAAUCAUUUGGAGAUUUACCAGAGCGUACAUCUCCAUUUUCUAUACAUACACUUGUAUCUUUGGGUGCAUUGUGGGGAAAACGUGCAGGAGAUUGGUAUGGGCCAUCCUCUGUUGCUCAUCUUUUAAGCCAAGCAGUAGAGAAUGCAGCAGAACGACAUCCAGCAUUUAAUAAUUUAGCUGUUUAUGUUGCUCAAGAUUGUGCAGUUUAUCUGCAGGAUAUAGAAAAUGUAUGCCAAACACCAGAUGGCAAAUGGAAAUCUUUAAUACUUUUUGUACCUUUAAGACUUGGUGCUGACAAAUUAAAUCCUGUUUAUACAUCUUGUUUAACACAUUUACUUACAUUAGAUACCUGUAUUGGAGUUAUCGGUGGUCGACCUCGGCAUUCGCUUUAUUUUAUUGGUUUCCAGGAAGAUAAAUUAAUUAAUCUAGACCCACAUUAUUGUCAAGAAACUGUUGAUGUAUUAAAAGAUAAUUUUUCUUUAACAAGUUUUCAUUGUACUUCACCAAGAAAAAUGUUAAUUUCAAAAAUGGAUCCUAGUUGUUGUGUGGGAUUUUAUUUUCAUAAUAAAAUGCAAUUUACAAAUUUUAUGGAAAUUGCUCCUUCGUAUUUGGUGCCAGAAGAUGAAAAAAUCGAUUAUCCAAUGUUUUUAUUUUGUGAAGGAAGUGGAAAAGAUCUCCAUCAAAAAAUUGAAAUUGCAGAAAAUAUAAUUCCUUCUACUACCUCUUUUACAGGUAAUGGAACAUACGAUGACGAUCUUGACGAAUGUGAAGAAUUUGAAUUAGUACAAUGAGAUAUUUGUCAAUUAAAAAAAAAAAAAGAAAAGAUAUAUCACGUACUUAAUACAUUCAUGGAUAGUUUUUGGAGAAAGACGUUAAUGAUCAUCAUUAAUCAGAAUUCUCCGUUCAUUCGUCCAUAUAUGUACAAGGGUAAAAAACCAAUUGAUGACUUUAAUAGAUAGUAAUGUUGUAUUGUAUUAGAGAGUUGAAUAUUAAUUUCUUAAUAUGAAUUUUUGCCGCGAUAUGAUCUUUGAAGAUCUCAACAUGUUCGUUGAACGACUGAUAUGAAUUAAUAUAUCGAAUAUUUUCUAUUCGUGAUAAUGCGAAUUUAUAAAUUUGAAAUAAGCAUUAUCGUCGAUACAUUGUUCUGUGAUCAUAAUUUAAUGCGGCUUUUGUAUUCAAGUGUGUUGUUGCACAAUUUUUUUUAUCUUGUUUAUUGAUCUCAAAAAUUAUGCUUUUAAAUAAUCGUUAGAAUGUUAAUUUAGUAUAUGACCUAGAAUUAUCGCAAGAAGAUAUUUAUUCCUUUUCAUUGAUGAUCGUGUCUAGAACUUGCGUAGAUCGUAAGUUGACGACUUUACUAUAAAGAGUAAUUUUUAUAAAAAUUUCUUAAUUCCUUCACGGAAAUGUUCCUGAUAUAACUUAUUUUAUAACGCAGCAAUAUUAGAUUCCUUGCAAAAUGCAAUAUAAAUAAUAUUUUGUUUUGUCCUUGAAAUAAAAAUGUACGUACGUAUGCAAGCAUGAGUGCGCAUUAUACAAUUCAAUUGUUAAUUACCUGUUGUUACGUUUAAGUCUCAAAUAAUUUAAACAUUUUUUUUUCAUAUUAUAUAAUUUUAAGUUAUUUAUUUAUUUAAUAUUUUUAUUUUUCGGCUUUGAAAAUUAUACUGAACUUAUACUAAGUUCUCAUUGCGUUUUACAUAACGUUUUAUGUUAUGAAAGAGAAACAUUAAUGUAAUUAACAAGUAUAUAUAACAUUAAUUAAAAUAUUGUUAUUA